GAAUACAUAAUUACAAAUAAUUGAUAUACGUUUGGAAAUAAUGUAUGAAAGACUAAGUAAAAUAUUUAUAAAAUAGUAAGGCUUCAACAAAAGUCGCAGAUCUUUUUUAAAAGGCAUUUUCUUUUAAAUGAAUAUGAGAGGGGUUAUGUAUACUGAUUAGGAUAACAGCAACUCCCAAAUUUGGGAGAAUACUUUUAUCCUAUUUUAGCUUUAAACAAAAAGUGUUUUAAUUGAAUAAAAAAUACUUUAAAUAAUUUCUUAUAAUUUAAUUUCUUUUUCAGCAAAAAUGUGUGAAACAAUCUUAAACAUCGAUUAUAAAUUGCUUAUGUCACGAAUUCUUUCAUGUUUAGUCAAACUUCAAAUAAUAAUUUGAAUUAUUUUAUAAGUUUUAUUUACUUAUUGUAAUACAAAAUUAUAAUAAAAAAAAAUAUAAGUGGAUUAUGAUUUCACUUCAAAAAAUACAUCAAUACAUAAAAUAAUUUAGAUAAAUUAUUAAUUAUUAAUAAUAUUCGAUAAAUAAAUCAAAUAAAAUUAUGAUUAAUAUUUAUUAUUUGAUAAGAAUUUAUAAUUGAUCAUAAUAUAUACGUUUAUUGAACUUGAUAUCUUGUUAAAUUUUUCCACAAAUACGAUAAGAUUUCAUAUUGUAAGAAAAUUUAAUUAUUUAAUUUAAAAAAUUUAAUUUAUUAUUAUCAAAUCAUUCCAGAAAUAUUAUAUCAAAGCAAAACAAAUAUAUAUACAUAAUCUAACAUCAGAAAGAUAUAUCCCCUCUUUCUUUAUGAACAAAGAUCAUUAAGUCUUAAUAUUAAUCAAUAGCUAACUGAACUUCAAACAUGAAGAUCUUACUAACUAUUUACUUGAUUGUAUAUCUUUCUUUAACACAGUAUCAAGAAGUUUUUGCUUUUAAUAAGAGUAUUCCUUUAGUAGUUAUUACUUGGGAUUAUGAAAAUGCUACACAAACAGCAUGGAAUGUUUUGAAUAAUGAAGAGAGAAGUGCUCUGGAUGCUAUAGAAGAAAGUUGCAGUUUGUGUGAAGAUCAGAGAUGUAGAAAAACUGUAGGAUAUGGGGGUAGUCCAGAUGAAUCUGGAGAAACAACUUUAGAUGCUCUUAUUAUGGAUGGAGUAACAAUGGAUGUAGGUGGUGUAGGUUUGUUAAGAAAUGUUAAGAAUGCAAUUUCAGUUGCCCGUAAAGUUUUACAUAAUACUAAACAUUCUUUAAUUGGUGGAGAAUUAGCCACAAAAUUUGCCGUAGAAAUGGGAUUUAAAAAAGAAUCUUUACAAACAGAAGAAUCAAAAAAAAUGUGGUUAGACUGGAAAACAAAAAAAUGCCAACCUAAUUUUUGGAAGAACGUAAAUCCAGAUCCAACAAAGAGUUGUGGGCCAUAUCGUUCAAAAGAUUUUAUGGAUAAUAAUUUGGAAGAACACUUAUCAUAUGUGACUGAAGAAAAUCACGAUACGAUCGGAGUUAUAGCUAUAGAUUCAAAUGGGCAUAUAGCAGCUGGUACAUCAACAAAUGGUGCCAGAAAUAAAAUUCCUGGUCGUAUUGGAGAUUCUCCAAUAGCAGGUGCAGGUGCAUAUGCUGAUCAAGAUGUUGGUGCGGCAGCUGGAACCGGCGAAGGAGAUAUCAUGAUGCGAUUUUUACCAAGUUUUUUAGCUGUAGAGGAAAUGCGCCGCGAUGCCACUCCUACUGCAGCUGCAACCACAGCAAUUAGUAGAAUCGCUAAACAUUAUCCUACAUUCACUGGUGCAGUAAUUGCAUUAAAUAAACAUGGAGAAUAUGGAGCUGCAUGCAAUGGAAUUACCCGUUUCGCAUAUUAUGUGGCCAAUCCUGAAUUAGGAAAGCCAACGAUACAUUAUGCUACUUGUAUAGAUGCUAAAUAUCAAGUUUUUAAUGCUAAAAACAUUAAAUGAUUUUUUUGUAAUUUCUUCGAUUUUUAAUGUUUAUUAAGAGAAAUUGAUAAUAUUUUUUGACAAAUUAUUUUUGAUUACAAUAAAAGUUGAAGGUAUGCAAAAA